GAUGCCAUUUUUUCAGAGACGGUUGGUCUUCUGUAUAUUAUUCAAUCUGUGAGAAGUGACGUCACCCUGUUCCGUAAUAAACGCGGGAAAUGUUGUCAAAUGCGCGUUAAUAAUGGCGCAACGUCGUAUAGACUCUUUCUUCACGAGGAUAUCGUCCAAGAAGGAGAACUCGAGCGAGGAUUAUUCGGAGAGCAAUUUGUCCGACAAGGAAAAGAAUCAGGAUGCACCGGGAAGCGGCAAACGGAAGAGAGAUAGCAAUGGAUUUGCUAGCCCUCCUUCCAAGAAGGUAGACAAACUUACGAAGCCAAAGUCAAUUUCCAAGACUCCUUCCCCAGGCGCAAAGUCUCGUGCAAAGCUAGGAACUACUCCAAAAAAUAAGACGACUAAACUUUCACCUGGAGCAAAUAAAAAGAGGAAAUUAACCAAUACUCCAAAAAAGGAGAAGAAAGAUGAAGCUAAAAAUAUAAAUGGAACUGAGAUAGUGGAAAACAUUCAAGAAAAUGAUACAGUUAAAAAUGAACGAGAAAAAUCUAUUCCUCGAGAUACAAAAUAUAACUCUGAUGAAGCAACGAAAAUGAAAAAUAAAGUGAAAAAGAAACGGGCCAGAAUAAUCGAAACAGAUUCCAGCGAUGAUGAUCAUUUACCGUUACCUGAAAGUCCGAAAAAAUUAGAGACUAACAGCAAAGAAGACAAGAUUGAAAGUAUAGAUGAAUGUAAAAUAAAAAAGAAUGCAUCACAUGAUGAAAUAAAUGAAGAUAUUUUGGAUAUCGAGGAAAAGAUUGAUACCUUGAAAAAGGAGCCAACACCAGAGAAAAAGUCAAAGACUACUUCUAAAAAAGUACACAGUUUUUUUACAUCUAAGGAAAAAGAUGAUGCAAAGGAUACAAGUGAUGUAAAAAACAAUAAUCAGUCUUACAAUCCUAGCAUAUCUGGUUAUCAUCCAAUAAACAAUGCGUGCUGGAAACGAGGAGAUAAAACUCCAUACAGUGCUUUCACGCGUACUUUGGAGCUUAUCGAAGAAACAAGUGCAAGAUUGAAAAUAAUAGAAAUAUUAUCAAAUUACUUCCGAUCUGUCAUAGUUCUGAGCCCUAUGGAUCUUUUGCCAAGCGUGUAUUUGUGCCUUAAUCAAUUAGCACCAGCAUAUGAAGGAAUUGAGCUUGGUGUCGCUGAUACGAACCUGAUGAAGGCGAUUGCGCAGUGCACUGGUAGGACGUUGGCGCAAAUUAAAGCCGAUGUCCAGGAGGUUGGCGAUUUGGGAAUUGUAGCAGAAGGUAGCAGAUCCAAUCAGAGAACUAUGUUUCAGCCGGCACCGUUGACAGUUCUCGUUGUGUACUCCAAACUAAAAGAGGUUGCCCAAAUGACAGGCCACGCGUCUCUAACGAAAAAAUUGGACAAAAUUCAAACGCUCUUUGUGGCAUGUCGUAAUACGGAAGCGAGAUAUCUUAUUAGAUCGUUGGCUGGAAAGCUUCGCAUCGGUUUGGCGGAGCAAUCUGUUUUGCAAGCAUUGGCUCUAGCUUGCGCUAUGACACCACCACAACAGAGUUAUCCACCAGAAAUCUUGAACGCGAAUAAGAAUCUAUCGAGCGAUCGUUUUAAACAGAAAUAUGACGAAAUAGCACUUAUACUCAAGACAACAUAUUGUGAAUGUCCAAAUUAUAAUCUCAUAAUUCCCGUUUUACUGGAAGAUGGAAUCAAUGGCUUGCCGAGUAAGUGCAAGCUCACUCCUGGAAUACCUUUGAAACCUAUGUUGGCACACCCUACCAAGGGUAUUCAAGAAGUCCUAACACGAUUUGAGGGAUUAAAAUUCACGUGCGAAUGGAAAUAUGAUGGAGAAAGAGCACAGAUACAUGUCGCGGACAAUGGCCACAUCAAUAUCUACAGUCGAAAUCAGGAAAACAAUACUAGUAAAUACCCGGAUAUUAUUAAGCGAUUCAAGAAUACUCGCGGCGACCUGGUGAAGAAUUGCAUACUCGAUUGCGAGGCAGUUGCUUGGGACAAUGAGCAAAAACAGAUUCUUCCAUUCCAAGUACUCAGCACGAGAAAGCGAAAGGAUGCCAACGAGAAGGACAUUAAAGUGCAAGUAUGUGUAUUCAUGUUCGACCUGUUAUAUCUAAACGACGAGCCGUUGGUAAAAGAAUCUUUUGCAAAACGUCGCGAGUUGUUGAAGCAGCAUUUCAAAGAAAUAGAAGGCGAGUGGAAAUUUGCCAAUAGUAUGGACACUACUACGAUGGAGGAAGUGCAAAUUUUCUUGGACGAAUCUGUGAAGGGAAAUUGUGAGGGUUUAAUGGUGAAGACGCUCGAGGAGGAAGCAACCUAUGAGAUCGCGAAGCGAUCGAGAAAUUGGUUGAAGCUGAAAAAAGAUUAUUUGGACGGUGUGGGCGAUACGCUUGACGUGGUUGUAAUCGGUGGUUAUAUCGGCAAAGGAAAGAGAACAGGCACUUAUGGUGGCUUUCUCUUGGCUUGCUAUGAUCAAGAAAACGAGGAGUACCAGAGCAUCUGUAAAAUCGGCACAGGCUUCAAGGAGGAAGAUCUGGAGAAUCACACAAAGUUCUUUAAGGAUCAUGUGAUAUCUCAAACGAAAUCAUAUUACCGUUUCGACAGCAGUCAUGAGCCCGAUCAUUGGUUUGAACCGGUACAAGUAUGGGAGAUUAAAUGCGCUGAUCUUUCCCUGUCACCAGUUCAUAGGGCAGCUAUCGGAAUAGUUGAUCCGGAAAAAGGUAUUUCUUUAAGGUUUCCGCGAUUUAUCAGGAUACGUGAAGAUAAAAAUUGUGAAGAGGCCACUUCUGCUCAGCAGGUGGCAGACAUGUACAAUAAUCAAGAACAGAUUAAAAAUAAAACGUCGGCAUCAAAAGCUACGGAAGAAGAUUUCUACUAAUUUUUAUUCUUUUAUUUAUUUACCUAUACACAAAUAUCGAUCUGGUAUAUUUUCUAUUUCUUAUAAUUGCAAUUUUGUAAGGGUUACUGUAAAUAAAACGUAUUCAUCAUA